AUUAUAAAAUCCUCGCUCUCCCACAAAAACCAGAGGAGAGCCAGGAACAAAGUCCACUCCCCAAAACCUUCUAUCUCUUCCGCCUGAAACCCUAGACGAAAAUGAGAUCCCGCCAAUGGCACAAACCAUAAAUCUCAACAAUUUCGAGCCCCUCUUUCACACAAUUCUCAGGUAACGCACAUCGUAACAGCAAAAUCACGCCAUGAAGUUCUUGUUAGAGUUCGUCUCGUGCUGCGGGGCCACUCGCCCCGCAACAUCCACCAGCGAGCCAGCUUCGCUUUCUGAGGAGACGAGGUCGCUGGUGAGGGCGCCUAGCCGAAUGAGACGCUGCAGCAGAAAGCGCAGGAGCUCGGUAAAUUCGUGCGAUUGGAGGCCGUCGCUAAGCUCAAUUUCCGAGGAUAACGUUACUGCGAUGGUGGUGGAUCGAACGGCUGGGAUCGAGAGAUCCGUGAAGAGGAAGAGCGGUCAUGAUCGACCAAAAGUUCAGGUCCGCAGCCACGACGAAGAUAACGGGCGAGCGUCAUUUGCGAUUCCGGCGUUCUCUCCGAUGCCUUUUAUGUUUUGAUAUCAUGGGAUGGACUUGCAAUAGCAGCCGGUUAUUCAUGCUCGAAACUAGGUGGGAUAAUGAAAUGAGAGUGUGUCUAUAUGAACUUUAGGAAGUAACAAUUAAAAAGCCUUCUUGUAUUGUACCAUUGUACUCGAAUAGUACAUUUGUAUAUUUUCCAUUUAUUUGUUUAGGUUUCCAAUUGUUCAUCCAAUCCACUUACAUUUGGCUUUUUUUU